AUGGCAGCCAGGAGCACAUACCUCGGACGAGAUCUACUUGAUUCAGACGAAGAAGAAGCUGGGGGUCAACACACAAGACCAAGGCGCACGCAAAGCCAAAAUGGCAACGUGGGCACUCAACCAGCGAGACACGAAACGAAUGGGAUGUCAACUGGAGAGCGACGAUUCGUGCUGGCGCUUGAUUUCGGUACCACGUUCACUGGUGUCGCCUUUGCCUCGGUGGAGGCAAGAGCUACCAAUUAUCCCCACUCUAACAAGAUCGAGGUCGUCCGGAACUGGGGUCGCGCAAUGGGUAAUAUGGACAAAGUUCCAAGCGUCAUAUCAUACAGCUCUCCAGGCGAGCCGGAAUGGGGCUCGAACAUCAGCGGCGACGCUCUGACUUUAAUCAACCAAAAGCUCGAACUUGAGCUGCAAGAAGAGAGGGUGGAUGAGCUAGGCCUGACAUUGCGCGUCCUCAAUGGCACUAGAGGCCUAUCUUUCGACCACAUACGCGAUGCUGGCCCUAACCCCGACUUCCCAUGCAGCACACCUGAACAGAUUGUGACCGACUAUCUGCGGCAGGUGUUUCCAUGCACUCGAGAUGCCAUCAAAGUGAAAGAGCUGGGCCGCACGUCUACACCUGUUGACUUAGUGGUUACGAUGCCUGUGGUGAGUACUGUCCUCGUCUAUCUGCGGCCAGUUCUGAUGCUCCGAGACAGACCUGGUCGUAUCAAGCACGGAAUGCCGUAUUUCGGGCAGCCACAGCAGCCGGUUUCAAUUCUACGGGCAUUCCAUCACUUCGUGAGACCAUCCUGGUUUCUGAGCCUGAAGCAGCAGCUUACUACACAGCCCGCGAAUGUGGAGCCGGCUUGCUCAAGAUGCUUCGUGAUCUGUGAUGCGGGAGGUGGUACUGUAGACUCCGUGGCCUAUCGAGUUACGCAGCUACGACCCCACCUUCAAUUAGAAAGGGUUACGAAGCCCACAGGCAGCAAAUGUGGCUCCGCUUUGAUUGAUACAGAAUUCAAACGCUGGCUACGACGGGUUAUUGGCGAGCAGAAUUAUGCCAUGCUUGAUCCUGACGCUGCGCGCCAAAAGGCGACAAAUGCGUACGAAAUGGAGUCACCUGCCAUGAGAAAAUUGAUCAAAGAAUUCUUCGUAGCGAAGUCCACGUUUAAGAACUAUGAAAGAUCGAGAAGAGCCGCGAUCAAAAUAGAGCUACCCGAACCACUGGACAAACUUACCAUCGAAAAUCGAGUGGACGAAGGUGCUUUGAUCAUAAAAUGGAAAGGGAUGAAGCAGCUAAUGGACAAGUGCGUCAACCCGGCUGUCGCCCUGGUCCGCAAACAGAUCGAGGCUGUAGGGUCUUCGCGAGGCACGGAGGUCAAGACUGUCUUCCUCGUAGGAGGGUUCGGGGCAUCGCCAUACCUGCAAGAGGAGCUAAGAAGCAGCUUCGAAUUGAUGGAUGUGACAGUGUUCCAUCCACCAAAAGAUUCCCUCACAGCUGUAGUUCAAGGUGCUGUCAUCCAUGGCAUCGAAAGGCCCCAAGGCAAUCGAACAGUCACAAUGACCUCGAUGACCAAGACAUACGGCUACGUCGAAAGCAGUUACAAUCUGCGCUGGUUCAUCAAAACAGGCGAUCUAAUAAUGCGAGGCAGUCCUGCUAUCUGGCAGACUGACGAUUUCUGGAUGAUACCGCCAUCAAGUGAACACAGCACUAUCACUUUCCGACUGUUCCGUUACGACACCGGAGACGCUAACAUAAACCAGAGACUUCCAAUCAACUGGAAGAAAAGUUGUAAUGAUGUCGAAGUGGCUGGAAUCGUCAAAGUCCCGCGAGGAGAUCUUACGCGCGGCCCUAUGGCCGGGUUGAGACAGAUGCGCUUGUUUGGUCCAUUUAUCUGGCGAGUAACGUGCAAUGACACAGAUCUGUUCGCGCAGCUGCUACUGAAUGGUUCAGUGAUCGGGACGUGUUACAAUAUAGCGACGGAGAGGAAGGAGUACAACAAGAAACCGUCGGGAGGUCCUUAUGGUGAGUGCAACGUUUAA